AAGCAAACAAAGUUGUCUUUAUAUCUAAAGAACCAUUUUGUGAGAAAGAAAGAGAGAGUAAGGUGAAUCCAUGGCGUCCAAGAUUGUCUCAGCCAUAGUCUUUGUGUUUAACCUCAUUGCCUUUGGUUUAGCCGUUGCUGCUGAACAAAGACGAAGCACUGCAAGGGUUGUGCAGGACACUGAGGUGCAAUACAACUACUGUGUGUAUGAUUCAGACAGAGCCACAGGGUAUGGAGUUGGAGCCUUUUUGUUCUCAGUGGUUGGUCAAUUCGUUAUCAUGCUCGUUAGCCGAUGCUUCUGCUGUGGAAAGCCUCUUAAGCCUGGCGGUUCACGCGCUCUUGCCCUUGUUCUCUUCAUUGUUAGCUGGAUGUUCUUCUUGAUAGCGGAGAUAUGUCUAUUAGCUGGAUCGGUAGAGAAUGCAUACCACACAAAGUACAGGACAAUGUUCAUGGACAAUCCUCCUGAUUGUCAAACUCUACUACCAACAAUGGCCCUUCAAGCUGCUUCUUUGGUCUCCUCUGCUUUCUCUGUUCGCAAAGAUGCGAAGUUGAAUGCUUCUUCAUCGUCUUUCAAGGACUCUAGUCUAUUUGGUGCCUCCAUUGCAGAACAAAUCAAAUCCGAACAUGGAUCUUCCUCGUUAAGAUUCAAGAGAGAACAUAGCUUAAGGAGUCUAGCAAUUCGAGCCCAAACCGCUGCGACUUCAAGCCCUACGGUUACAAAAUCCGUGGACGGCAAGAAAACGUUGAGGAAAGGAAAUGUGGUGGUGACUGGAGCCUCGUCUGGAUUAGGUCUAGCCACGGCUAAAGCUCUGGCCGAGACAGGGAAAUGGCACGUGAUAAUGGCGUGCAGAGACUUCCUUAAAGCCGAGAGAGCCGCUAAAUCUGCAGGGAUGCCUAAAGACAGCUACACAGUGAUGCAUUUAGACUUAGCCUCGUUGGACAGCGUGAGACAGUUCGUUGAUAACUUCAGGAGAACAGAGAUGCCUCUCGAUGUUUUGGUCUGCAAUGCUGCGGUUUAUUUUCCGACAGCUAAAGAGCCUACUUACAGUGCUGAAGGAUUUGAGCUUAGCGUUGCGACGAAUCAUUUGGGACAUUUUCUUCUCGCAAGGUUGUUGCUUGAUGACUUGAAGAAAUCUGAUUACCCUUCAAAGCGUCUCAUCAUCGUCGGGUCCAUUACCGGGAACACAAAUACAUUGGCCGGUAAUGUACCACCGAAGGCGAAUCUCGGUGAUUUGAGGGGUUUAGCCGGCGGAUUAAACGGUUUAAACAGCUCAGCUAUGAUUGAUGGAGGAGAUUUCGACGGUGCAAAGGCUUACAAAGACAGUAAAGUCUGCAAUAUGUUGACGAUGCAAGAGUUUCACAGGCGUUACCAUGAAGAAACUGGAGUCACUUUCGCUUCGCUUUACCCCGGUUGCAUCGCCUCCACGGGUUUAUUCCGAGAUCACAUUCCGCUCUUCCGUGCCCUCUUCCCGCCCUUUCAGAAGUACAUCACUAAAGGAUAUGUCUCCGAGACAGAGUCAGGCAAAAGACUUGCUCAGGUGGUGAGUGAUCCGAGCUUGACGAAAUCAGGGGUUUAUUGGAGCUGGAACAAUGCUUCAGCUUCUUUUGAGAACCAGUUAUCAGAAGAAGCAAGUGACGUUGAGAAGGCGCGUAAAGUGUGGGAGAUCAGUGAGAAGCUCGUGGGCUUGGCCUAAUAAACUUGAAAUCUGUUAAUUUUAUGAGACCUCUCCGUACCAAUCGACGAAACCUAGUGAAUUUUCGGGAUUUUUAGAUGUCUGAUUCUGUUGCGAAGUUUUUUUUUCCUUAGCGUCUGUUGAGUGUAGAUUGCUUGGCGAGAAGCCGACAAUAAAGAAAUAAAAUUGGUGAAUCUUU